AUGUUAGAUGGCAAUUCCCAGGUGCCCCUGGGGGUUUCCUACCCAGGGAACCAUUCGCAGUCGCAGUCUCAGUCACACCUGGACUCGGCUUUAAGUUUCCAACAUCAUCAACAGGCCUUCUGCAGCGAUGCUGAGGGCUGGGGUCCGUUGAGCCCACUGGGCUUCCACCUCACUCCGUGCUUUAUAGAUGCGAUCGUGGCCCUUGUCGCUAUUUGGGGCACACUGGGCGGUGCAGGAGCGCUCUAUCUCCUGCUGAAGAAGCGCAUUCCCCAACCAGUCUCGAAGAAUUGGCACUUCUAUGCCAAGCUGGCUGUCCUCGCCGCACUCCUCUUUGUCACGGCCCUUCAAGUAGCCGUGCAAGCCGAAACCCAGCCGAAGACCUUUUUUGCUGACUUCCGUUUCUGGUCCUCACUCCUCACGUUUGCCUCCUUGGGCGUCAUCUUUGCGGUACAAUAUUAUGAGCAUUGGCGGAGUCGCCAGCCCAACGGCGUGGUUCUCUUCUACUGGCUCUUCUUCAACAUCACCUAUGCGAUUAAGCUGCAUUCCCUCGUCGAUCGGAAGGAUUAUGUGGACCAGCUCCCAUAUUUUGUCUGCAUCAACAUAAGUCUAGGACUUGGGUUGCUAGAGUUUAUUCUGGAAUACUUCAUCGCCAAAAAGAAGAGUGCUUACGACGCUCUUGGCGACGAGGAUGAAUGCCCUUACAACUAUGCGGAUAUUUUCUCAGUCCUCACCUUCGGUUGGAUGACACCGCUGAUGAAGUUUGGAUAUGAAAAUUACCUUACCCAGGAUGACCUUUGGAACCUUCGUCGCCGAGACGCUACUCGUGCUACUCUCGAUAGCCUUAGCCAGGCAUGGGAGGAAGAACUCGACAAGAAGAAGCCGUCCCUGUGGAUCGCUCUCUUCAAGGCAUUCGGUGGUCCAUACAUCCGUGGUUCAAUUAUCAAAUCGGCUAGUGACAUGCUUGCCUUUGUUCAGCCGCAGCUUCUUCGUUAUCUGAUCGCUUUCAUUGAUUCAUAUCGACGACCGGAUCCGCAGCCGGUCAUACGAGGCGUUGCGAUCGCACUGGCAAUGUUCUUUGUGUCCGUCUGUCAGACCAGCUGUCUCCACCAGUACUUUCAACGUGCUUUCGAUACAGGCAUGCGUGUCAAGUCGUCUCUGACUGCUUUGAUCUAUUCGAAGGCCCUCCGUCUCUCCAGCGAAGGCCGUGCCACCAAGACUACUGGCGACAUCGUCAAUCACAUGGCUGUGGAUCAGCAGCGACUGGCUGACCUUACUCAGUUUGGUACACAGUUGUUAUCUGCCCCCUUUCAAAUUGUCCUCUGUAUGCUGUCGCUCUACCAGCUUGUCGGGCCAAGCAUGUUUGCUGGUGUCGGUGUUAUGAUUCUCAUGAUCCCACUGAACGGUGUCAUUGCUCGAAUGAUGAAGAAACUCCAGAUCAAGCAGAUGAAGAACAAGGAUUCGCGUACUCGCCUGAUGACUGAAAUCUUGAAUAACAUUAAGAGCAUAAAGCUCUAUGCUUGGAACACUGCAUUUAUGAACAAGCUCAGUCAUAUUCGAAAUGAUCUUGAACUGAACACACUCCGCAAGAUUGGUGCGACCCAGUCUAUUGCAAACUUUACUUGGCAGUCUACCCCCUUCCUCGUGUCCUGCUCGACCUUCACCGUCUUUGUCCUUACCAGUGACAAGCCCCUGACCACCGAGAUCGUCUUCCCUGCCCUGACUCUAUUCAACCUACUCACAUUCCCCUGUCGAUCUUACCAAUGGUCAUCACCUCUGUAA